GAAGCUCCUCUUUCCAUCGCUGGUGCUGCAACGUGGGGUUUCCCAGAGCCGACUGCAGGGUUACCGCGCCCAUCUCAUCGGUCGAUGGCUGCUUGAGAGUCACACUACGGACAGGGCAGGUGUUGGGUUUUUCAAAGGUGAGAGUCUAGGCUCCCUUGUUGGUGAGGAAAAGUGACUUUUAAAAUUAGCUGGGUUGACUGCCAGUGCACUGUCAUCCACACAAGGCUUGUGGGUGUGAUUUCCCCCACCCCCUCCCCUCUCCGCCUGGUUGUCAAGCUCCCCAGCCGUAGCCUGCGUUCGGGAAGGGCUGCUCCUCAGAAAUCUACGCUAGCUGGCUUAGCUAGUUAGAAAGCUAGCACUGUGCUGUUCGUUGAUGCGUGUAUCGGAGGAAUACGCCGUCUUGGUUUCCAGUCAAUGCCAAAACGCAAAAACAGGCGCAGAUUGAAUCAGAAAAACGAGUGCCCUGGUAGUUGGAGUAAGGUAAUUAAAAAAGCAGGAUAAGAUGAGUGAACUGGAGCAGUUACGCCAAGAGGCAGAUCAGCUCAAAAAUCAGAUAAGAGAUGCUAGAAAAGCAUGUGCAGAUGCCACACUAUCACAGAUUACAGCUAAUGUCGAAGCCGUUGGCCGAAUCCAGAUGCGUACAAGACGAACGCUGCGGGGUCAUUUGGCCAAAAUCUAUGCCAUGCACUGGGGGACAGACUCCAGGCUUUUGGUCAGUGCCUCUCAAGAUGGAAAACUCAUUAUUUGGGAUAGCUAUACCACAAACAAGGUUCAUGCCAUUCCACUUCGAUCUUCCUGGGUCAUGACUUGUGCAUAUGCACCUUCAGGAAACUAUGUGGCCUGUGGCGGCUUAGACAACAUCUGCUCCAUUUACAACCUGAAAACACGUGAGGGGAAUGUACGUGUGAGCCGUGAGCUCGCAGGACAUACAGGAUACCUGUCCUGCUGUCGCUUUCUUGACGACAACCAGAUUGUUACAAGCUCUGGAGAUACCACUUGUGCACUUUGGGACAUCGAGACAGGCCAGCAAACGACCACAUUUGCUGGACACACAGGUGAUGUCAUGAGCCUGUCUCUUAGCCCCGACACUCGAUCCUUCGUCUCUGGUGCUUGCGAUGCCUCUGCUAAACUCUGGGAUGUUCGAGAGGGGAUGUGCAGGCAGACAUUCACUGGCCAUGAGUCUGACAUUAAUGCUAUCUGUUUCUUCCCUAAUGGCAAUGCCUUUGCCACGGGCUCUGAUGAUGCCACCUGCAGGCUGUUUGAUCUGCGAGCUGAUCAAGAGCUGAUGAUCUACUCUCACGACAACAUCAUAUGUGGCAUUACCUCUGUUGCAUUCUCCAAGAGCGGCCGCCUUCUUCUGGCAGGAUAUGAUGACUUCAACUGUAAUGUGUGGGACACACUAAAAGCUGACCGUGCUGGUGUGUUGGCUGGACAUGACAACCGCGUUAGCUGCCUGGGAGUUACUGACGAUGGCAUGGCAGUUGCAACGGGAUCCUGGGACAGUUUUCUGAAGAUCUGGAAUUGAAGCCUGAAGGUUCUUUUUGUCGUAUUUGCAUUAAAGAUGUUCUUUUAACUCCAAAGUUGACUGGAAGACCAUUACAACUUGAGAAUGUUCACAGCGUCAUCUUCAACACUGUUUAAACUGACUUGGACACCACAAAAACGAAGGGAAACAAUGCCUUUCCUACACAAAGAAGAGCACAAUUGUUUAUCACCUAGUUAAGAAAGGAUCUCCUGUGGUAUCAAAUCAGAAACUUGUGCAUUCCUUCUUGGACCAUUUUAUGUUACCUUGAAAGAGAAAACAACACUAUCAUCCCAUGCAAAUGUGUGCGUCUUGAAAGCAAAUGUUGGAGUGUAAUUGUACAAAUUAUUUAACUAUUUUUUUUCUUUUUUUUUUUUUUUUUUUUUUAAGAUUUCUAUUCUGAUGGUUUAUUAUUCUUGAUGGCUUUUCUCUUUGUCAUAUUUCUUUAGUGGUUUUAGAUAUUUUAAUUACAGCUUGUCUUUGUAAUCCAGGUAAAUCAUAUGAGAAAAAAAAAACAUGCAGAAGUAAAAGCUUGGAUCAUAUUACACGAGCAGCUUUCGAAAAUGUCCAGGAUGUAUUUAUAUUCUAGCUGUUUUUGUUCCAUCACGGCUUUUUGCACAUGAAGCUUCGCCUCUAAACUAAUAACAUUGUUAAUUAACCAGGCACAUGCUAUAAGUUAUGAAUGCUCAUUCCAGUACAAACGGAGUUAUUAUGAGGAAAACUAUCCAGUUAAACCCCUCAAUUCUUGUACAUGCCUUUUUGGCUUUUGGUGGGGAAGGGCAGGGUAGUGAUUUAGUUUCAGAGUUUAAUAAGGCAUGGCUUGAAUUUACUAUAUAGAAGGGGUUUUGUGUUCUGUAUCCACUUUGAGUGAAACACCUCACCUGACUUAAAUACACACUUCCUUUGCUUGGGACUGCAGUUACAACUCUGUGAAUGAAAUGUACAAAUCAAUGUCUGAAAAUAAUGGUCUGAUGUUUUAAGUUAAGACAUAAAAUUUUGUCUGCCAUGAGUUAAUUUAGAUGUGCAUGCUGUAGACUUGCUUUCAAUGGUGCAAAAAAUCCUAGAUUUUCUUUUGUUACCAAAAAGGAGAGUUAACCUAUUGAUUGAACUUAAUAGAGGCCAUUUUGUUGGCUCAAACCCUGCAUACAUCAUGUACUAAUACUGGUAAUGCUAUGCACCAGAGUGGGCAAGAAUGAUGAAAGGCUUGAUAUUAACUUCAUACUUAGUGUAAAUUAUGCUUACCAGUUCUAUUGAUGCCAUUUAAAAAAAAUAAUUAGAACAAUCAUAGUGAGAAAUCUAUCCUCUCCUUCCAAUCUUCACUCAAUGGAACAAAAAUGUCCUCACAUACUGUCCAUACUAAAACUUUUGUACAAUUUAAUUUUUUUUUGGUCUUAAACUGAAAAUCGGAGCAUCUGAAUGCCAUUUCACUGUAUACAGAAGCACUUUUGUUAAGGUUGUGAGAUACUUUCACUUUUCUUUUUUUUUUUUUUUUCUGCAAUGAUGUACAAUAAAUGUGAUGUAUUUGUGUGUGGCCACAAGUGAAAAUGCGAUUCAACUGAGAUGGAUUCUCCUUUUCUCUUUCCAUUGAUAAUAUAGAGCUCGGCACCCUUAUGUAACUUUACACUUUUUGUAUUUCAUUUCAGUCUGUUGGUGUUCCACGGUGAGCUGGAUGCAAGAUAGAUACUGUACUAAAUUGUACUGUUAUUGAUUGAAAAAUGUAAUAAAAAGCUGUUUGAGAUCUCUUUUGGUGCAUUAAAAAUCUUUAAUCGA